AUGGUCAAGCCAGACGUCAAGCACAAUUACUAUGCCGACCUCGAUCUGCCCACGACGGCGACUGUCGACGAUGUGCGCAAAGCCUACCGCAAGCUCGCCCUCCAAUAUCACCCCGACCGCAAUGCUGGGAAGGAAGACGAGUGCGUGCCGCGCUUUCAGGCCAUCCAGGCUGCCAACGAAGUGCUGAGCGAUCCGACAACGAAAGCGAAGUAUGAUGCGGAUCGGCGCAGGGCAGGCCUGUAUCCUGCGCCGACGACAUUCAAGCCCAAUGUGCCGAGUCCUGGAAAUCCCUACUCAGCUCGAUCCGACUUUCCACCUCCGCCACGACGCACCCAGCCGGGCACAUGGGCUGGACAUCGCCCGACGGCCUCAACAGGUGCAGGCCCAACGCCCUCUGGUGCUGAUCGUUUCACCAACUUUCCUCGACCUCAAGGCGCCGCGCCGAGGAAGGAUCCUGCUGCAGACAGAACUCAACAAUUCCGUGCUUGGCAGAAUAUGAACAACCCGCAACCAGAGCGUCCCCGAUAUGCUCCACAGCCGCCGCCUCGCGAACCGCAACCACAGCCACGCCCGCCGCCGCCGCCGCCGAAUGUGCCCAAUCGCCCACGCAUGAAUAGGCAGGACACUAAGAUGCCUACGGAAGAGCAAAUACGUGCUGGUAUGAGAUAUGGCAAGGCGUCGACUCCAGCUGGAGAUGAUGCAGAGGCAGCAAAUCGACAGUCGGCUUGGGCAGCCUUUCAAAAGUCAAAUACUGCUCAGCCGGGUAUGGCCAGGAAAGGGAGGGCGCCAACCACGCCCAAGAGACCUACUGGUUUCGACCCCAAUGCUCCUGGUUCAGAUGAACGUCCUGCGACAGGUCAUUAUGUGCAUCGGCACAAGUCAGCAGAUUUGACCGAGGACGGAUUCCCACCGCCGCCUCCAGGGCCGCCGCCUAGUGCUCCAUCAUCCCCACUAUCACCAAACGCACAGCGGCCAUUCGCAGAUCCUCUCCGACCAUUCAGGGGCAGGAAACCUAAUGAUGAUGCUCCAUACUCAGAAGCGAACCGGAUUAGCACACCGUACUCCUCAUUCAGUGGUGAAAAGACUGCAUUCAGCAGCGAUGGCUUGCGGCGAUCUGCCAGCGUACGAGACAAUACGAAGCUAUCACCAGAACCUGCCACCAGUGGCCACUCUCGCGCUAGGAGCGUGGAUCCGGCUGCUAGGCAGAGACAAGCAGAGGCUGCCGGCGAGAACGGCAACAAAGGCCGACCUAAAUUCAUGGCAGGCGCCAGCUCCAGCUCAGGCUCAGGCUCAGGCUCGGGCUCAGCAUCGUCAGAGGAUAGUCCCGGUCCAGAUCCCACCGAGUCGCCGGAGGAGCUCAGUGACGAGCCACCUGCUAAAUCUCAAAACCCUAAGGGUCGGCCAAAGAAGAAACCAACACCUCCUAGUGCGAGGUUUCCCAACGGCACUCGAUCGCCAUUCCCAGGAGAUGGAAAUUACACUGACCCAGAGAAACCAAGCAUGCAGCAGAAAGCUGCACCAAACAUGUACGACACCCCUUCUACUUCUCCUCACUACACUCCCCCUUCUUUGUUCAACCGUCCAGAGUUCAGAACUGCUUUCGCCUCUCGUUCAACAACAGAGGGCAAAGUAAGAAAGCCAAGUAUUAUCGCACCUUGGGCGGUUCCGAGUUCCAUCUCCCCUUCACUGCAGAAAAAGCGUCGUCAGUCUGCUUCCUCAACCAGCAGCAAAUCGGCAUUGGCCGAGCAGAGUGAUGACUCUGGCAAUCAAAGUACCACCUGGCAGCAUGCAUCUCAAGAUGAACAGGACGCCUUUCACGCGUGUCGGCUCGAGCUUCUCAAGAUUUGUGGUGAUGUCAAGCAGCUCCACCAGUUUGACCUCGACACUUUCCGCAAAGCAGUCAGAGUUGUGCUGCAAGCUGGUUCGACCGGCACACGCACAGUUGAUAGCAUUUUCGCUAACAUCAUCUCACAACACCCGUCAAUUGCACAUCAAAGCUCAUCAAAGAAGCCUGCUGACAGUGCAUGCGCGACAAACAGUUUCACGAUUCCUGUCGAUCACGAGACUUUUCAGCCCACACGUGGCAAGAGUCGAAGUGUUGAAGAGAUCAAUACCAACUUCUCUCCUGAACCUUUCGCAGGCAAAUUUCAGGGCUCCGGGGAUUACUUCGCUCCCAGUCCGAAUGGUCGUCGACAUUCACCGAGCCUGCGAAGUGGCUCUAGUCGUGCUCAGCGCGCUAAUACCACAGAUUCGACUCCUGCGAGCAAGCCUUCAUCACCAAUGCCUCCUCCACCGCGGACAUUCGUGCAAGAACCCGAUGACCGAGGCUCGCGACCAACGUCCGUGUAUGGUACGCCGGUUGAUGGCAAAUUCAAUUCGGACCAUUGGUCAGAGGCUCUCAAGGAUGCACAUGCCUGGGCUGUCCCUGGCCCACCGCCAAAUCCUCCUCUUUCGAAAACUCCGAGCAGGAAAGGCAGUCGGCCCUCUUCCAAAGCCUCACAACCUGGGCCGACUUUAGGCACCGAUAAGUCGCCACAUGUUGUCGACGAUAACGAUGAUGUUGUCGAAGUCGACAGGAAUGGUCAUCCUGUUGGAGUCGGUGGGGCGGCCGAUGAUGGUGAUGCUAUGGACAUCGAUACACCACCUAGACCGACAGAUACUGCUGAACAGGCCACGCCGCUGUCGUCUUCAGCCAAGGAGCCACGUCUGUAUUCGGUCCCGCCGUCACAGUGGCGCCAAGAACAGGCUCAGUCUUACAGUCACAAUCGGCAGACAUCGAGCUCUUCGCGACGAGCGCAGCGUAAGUCUGGCGAGACCGAUCUCAAGACCAACUUCGAUUCGUUGAGACAUACUAUACCACUAGAGGGAGGCAAGGAUGGCCUCAACGAGUUUGCUGAUCUGAGCUCAUCGUUACCUUACGCUUCUAAGGCUUCCUCGACAUUGCCCACUGAGGUUGAGGAUCCGCCUGAGGUGAAGCUACCGCAGUACCCUAAAGCACCAUCAGGGCCUACCAAGCUCACCAAAGCCAGCUGGGCUGAGUACGCACAAAAAUUUGCGAACUAUUUGCUUGGACAUCACAUGUGGAAUAGAUCUAUGUUGGAGCACUUCAAUAGGCGUGAGCCACAAGCAGAGGCUUGCAUGUCCCGAGGCACGGAUUGGUUGAGCGCUAGCGGCGAUACCAUCAAUGGUGCACCUGGAUUCGGAGAAUACUGCAAGGCAGUAAAGCAGGAUCAGAAGUGGCGAACGGCGUGGCAGGUAGGCUGCGACAAGCACCUGCAGAAUGUCAACGAUUUCGAGCAGAUGCGGACCCGGGUGAAGUCAUUCGCGGAGAACGGCAUCCUGGCAAAUGCUUGAUUAUUUCGAUUGGAAGAUUUGUAAUUCAUGUUUCAGGGCAAGGCGUCAGAAGCGAUUGAGCGAGAAUUGCAUCAUGGAAAGGAAAUGGCAUACAGAAAGAGGAUUAGACGGCCGUUGUUGGAGGCUGUUCUCCAUCUUCGAGGAUUGUUUUAUACCCUCUGACCACCAGCUAGGUGACGAAACGCGAACAUGUCUCUCGGCUUAUUUUGUUAGUGAUCACUGCGGGCCUCGCUUGUGCCUAUCCAUCAACAUAGGUCAUGCUGUUUGUCGUACACCUGAGAAUAAAUAGACCACUUUCAUCCGC